UUAAAAGAUGUCGAUACGCAGAAAAUCAUAAAAGCAAUGCUUUCUUAUGUGUGGCCCAAAGACAGGCCAGAUCUACGAGCUAGAGUUGCCAUUUCCCUGGGAUUUUUGGGUGGUGCAAAGGCCAUGAAUAUUAUCGUUCCCUUCAUGUUUAAAUAUGCUGUAGACAGCCUCAACCAGAUGUCGGGAAACAUGCUGAACCUGAAUGAUGCACCAAAUACAGUUGCAACCAUGGCAACGGCAGUUCUGAUUGGCUAUGGUGUAUCAAGAGCCGGAGCUGCCUUUUUUAAUGAGGUUCGAAAUGCAGUAUUUGGUAAGGUAGCCCAAAAUUCAAUCCGAAGAAUAGCCAAAAAUGUUUUUCUCCAUCUUCACAACCUGGAUCUGGGUUUCCACCUGAGUAGACAGACAGGAGCUUUAUCUAAGGCUAUUGACAGAGGAACAAGAGGUAUCAGUUUCGUCCUGAGCGCUUUGGUAUUUAAUCUUCUUCCCAUCAUGUUUGAGGUGUCACUUGUCAGUGCUGUUUUGUAUUACAAAUGCGGUGCCCAGUUUGCAUUGGUAACCCUUGGAACACUUGGUGCAUACACAGCAUUCACAGUUGCAGUCACACGGUGGAGAACUAGAUUUAGAAUAGAAAUGAACAAAGCGGAUAAUGAUGCAGGUAACGCGGCUAUAGACUCACUGCUGAAUUAUGAAACUGUGAAGUAUUUUAAUAAUGAAAAAUAUGAAGCACAAAGAUAUGAUGGAUUUUUGAAGACAUAUGAGACUGCUUCAUUGAAAAGUACCUCUACUCUGGCUAUGCUGAACUUUGGUCAAAGUGCUAUUUUCAGUGUUGGUUUAACAGCUAUAAUGGUGCUCGCCAGUCAGGGAAUUGUGGCAGGUACCCUUACUGUUGGAGAUCUAGUAAUGGUGAAUGGACUGCUUUUUCAGCUCUCAUUACCCCUUAACUUUCUGGGAACUGUAUAUAGAGAGACUAGACAAGCACUCAUAGAUAUGAACACCCUGUUUACUCUACUCAAGGUAGACACCCGAAUUAAAGACAAAGCGAUGGCACCUCCCCUUCAGAUCACACCACAGACAGCUACGGUGGCCUUUGAUAAUGUGCAUUUUGAAUACGUUGAGGGGCAGAAAGUCCUUAGAGGAAUAUCUUUUGAAGUCCCUGCAGGAAAGAAAGUGGCCAUUGUAGGAGGUAGUGGGUCAGGGAAAAGCACAAUAGUGAGGCUGUUGUUUCGCUUCUAUGAGCCUCAAAAGGGUAACAUUUACCUUGCUGGUCAAAAUAUACAAGAUGUGAGCCUGGAAAGCCUUCGGAGGGCAGUGGGAGUGGUACCUCAGGAUGCUGUCCUCUUCCAUAAUACUAUUUACUACAACCUCUUAUAUGGAAACAUCAGUGCUUCACCUGAGGAAGUAUAUGCAGUGGCAAAAUUAGCUGGACUCCAUGAUGCAAUUCUUCGAAUGCCACGUGGAUAUGACACCCAAGUAGGGGAACGAGGACUCAAGCUUUCAGGGGGAGAAAAGCAAAGAGUAGCAAUUGCAAGAGCCAUUUUGAAGGACCCCCCAGUCAUUCUCUAUGAUGAAGCCACUUCAUCGUUAGACUCAAUUACUGAAGAGACUAUUCUUGGUGCCAUGAGGGAUGUGGUCAAACACAGAACUUCUGUUUUCAUUGCACACAGAUUGUCAACAGUAGUUGAUGCAGAUGAAAUUAUUGUCUUGGACCAG